AUGUCUGACAAAAGCGAACUCCCAGUCAAUAGCCGGUACGUCUCGAGUAGCUCCGACAACUCUGAGCCAGAGUAUGCCGGCACAACAACUACAACAGCAGGUCUUGGGGGCGAAGCUCUCGAAGCUCUGAGGAACCGAGUCUCAGGCGGUGAUGCGACAUUUGACCAGACAGAGGAUCCGCGCUAUUAUAAACCCGUUGACACUUACGAAGGUAUUCACCGAUGGGAUCCCGAAUUCCAGUGGGAGGAAUGGGAGGAGAAGAAGAUUGUUCGAAAGAUCGACUUGAGAAUCUGCACAUUUGCAUGCUUGACAUUCUUCGCUCUGCAGCUAGACAGGGGCAACCUUGUUCAAGCCACUUCGGACAACAUGAUAACUGAUCUUGGCCUAACCACGAAUGACUACAAUACUGGAAACACUAUUUUUUACGUGUGCUUUCUCUUUGCCGAAUUGCCGUCACAGCUCAUCUCAAAAAGACUGGGACCAGAUCGCUGGAUUCCCAUUCAGAUGGUCUCCUGGAGUUUGAUUGCAUCGUGCCAGGCGUUUCUCACCGGACGUUCGACAUUCUUCGCUACUCGCGCUUCGUUAGGGUUGUUUGAAGGUGGAUUCAUCCCUGAUACUAUUUUAUUCCUGUCAUACUGGUACACAUCAAAAGAACUACCUGUCAGACUCAGCUUUUUCUGGUCAGCCUACGAAAUGACAGCCAUCAUCGGCGCCUUCUUAGCUUUUGGAUUCCUCCACAUUCACACCAAUACUGGAACCGGCCAAUGGCGCUACCUAUUCGCCCUCGAAGGUCUCAUAACAGGCGUAAUCGGAAUCUUCGCUGCGUUCUACAUGCCCGCAUCCCCCACCCAAACAGCAGGACGUUUCCGUGGCAAAAGUGGCUGGUUCUCAGAACGCGAAGAGAAAAUCAUGGUUAACAGAGUCAUUCGUGACGAUCCUAGCAAAGGUAGCAUGCAUAACCGACAAGCCAUCACACCUAAACUACUCCUAGAGGCUCUUUUUGACUAUGAUAUGUGGCCCAUCUACAUCUUGGGUCUUGUCUGGCUGAUUCCCACGAACCCUGUAAACUCCUACCUCAGUUUGGAAUUGAGAUCUCUCGGUUUCGAUACCUUCAAGACAAACUUACUCACAAUCCCUGCAUACGCAAUGUUCAUCCUCAACUUGGGGCUAUUCACCUGGCUAUCCGAAAAGCUCAAUCAACGACUAUUACUCGGCGCAUUUGCAGAAAUAUGGAAUCUAAUUUUUCUUAUUGCCCUUGAAGUCUUGCCGGCGAAUAAAAGUACAUGGUCCCGAUACGUCUUGUUGAUUUUGCUGAUCGGAAGUCCCUACAUGCACGCCGUGAUUGUGGCGAUGACUUCGCGGAAUUCAGGCUCGGUGCGGACACGAACUAUAGCAUCGGCUGUAUACAAUAUGACAGUGCAAGCGAGUGGUAUCAUUGGGACGAAUAUAUAUCGAAGUGACGAUGCACCGCUUUAUCUCAGGGGUAACAAGGUCCUAAUUGGCAUUGCUUCUUUAAGUUUGUUUCUGUUUCUAUUUGCUAAAGUAUACUAUGACUUAAAGAAUCACUACCGAGCACGAAAGUGGAAUGCGAUGAGUAGCGAAGCACGAGACGCAUAUCUUGCUGCAAACAAGGACAGUGGGAAUAAAAGACUUGACUUUAGAUUCAUUUCAUAG